CCUUGUGCGCUCCCCUCAUCGCACGAGGGCGCGCAUUCCCAUGAGAGGCACGUACUCGUAGAGAAGACCUCUCGAGCACAUGGACGGCAACUCCCGCCGUUGGCAAGCACCUGGCCGCCGGCUUCCACGCACGUUUUCAGAUGGCGACCACUGGUACGGUACUGCUGGGGCAACGUAUAUAAGGGAUGGCGAGGACCUCCGGGACUCCCAAAAACUCAUGGCGCUCUUCGGUUAUGGCCUCCUGUCGCUCGUUGUAGCAUCGCUCUUCGUUGUAUCGAGAGCGAACGUGCUCCCCGCGCACCGUGUGGGCUUCUUCAGAGCUCACCUCGUCCAGCGCGCCCCGCUUAACGAAACGUGGGGCCAGUACUCUCCCUAUUUCCCGUCUGGGUCGUAUUCGGCACCACCGGAUGGCUGCGAGGUUGACCAAGUCAAUAUUAUACAGCGCCACGGGGCUCGGUACCCUACCGAUGGUGCAACAGAGCGCAUUCAGGCCGCUCUCGCGCAGUUCGCCAACGUGACGGAAUACAAGGACGAGAAGAUCGCUUUCGUGGCGGACUACGAGUACGACCUUGGCGUAUCUCACCUCAUCGCCUUCGGAGCUCGCCAGUCCUAUGAAGCUGGUGAGGAGGUCUACGAACGCUACAGCGAUCUGGUCUCGAACGGUUCAAUCCCCUUCGUCCGCGCCUCCGGCUCUGAGCGCGUUAUCGACACCGCCACCAACUGGACGGCAGGCUUCUCUGCUGCGUCCAACGGUGCUUACAGCCCCGUUCUCAACCUAAUUAUAUCGGAAGAGCUUAACGACACCCUCGAUGAUGCGAUGUGCCCGAACGUCGGCGAAUCGGACGCCCAGACAGACGAGUGGACGUCUAUCUACGCGGCGCCCAUCGCUGAGCGUCUCAACAACAACGCCGUGGGCGCUAACCUGACCACCACGAACGUUUACAACCUCAUGUCUUUGUGCCCCUUUGACACGCUUGCCAAUGAGACGCCGAGCCCCUUCUGUGACUUGUUCACCGAGGACGAGUUCGAUGGCUUCGCCUACGUUGGCGACCUCGACAAGUACUACGGCACUGGCUACGGCCAAGAGCUCGGCCCCGUGCAAGGCGUCGGCUACAUCAAUGAACUUAUUGCCCGCCUCACCGGCCAGCCCGUCCAAGACAGCACCCAGACGAACCACACGCUCGACUCCUCGAACGAGACCUUCCCCCUCGACCGCACCGUCUACGCCGAUUUCUCGCAUGACAACCAGAUGAUCGCGAUCUACUCCGCCAUGGGCCUCUUCGCGCAGGCCGCCGCGCUCGACCCGUCCACCCCGGACCCCGCCAGGACGUGGCGCGCGUCGAACCUGGUGCCCUUCUCCGCGCGCAUGGUCACGGAGCGGUUGUCGUGCAGUGGGGAGGCGUACGUGCGCGUGCUCGUCAACGACGCGCUACAGCCUCUCGAGUUCUGCGGGAGUGGCGAUGGCAAAUGCACGCUGAAUGCGUUUGUCGAGAGUCAGUCUUACGCGCGGAACAAUGGCAAUGGUGACUUCGAUAAGUGUGGUUGGGUUGAGCCGGAGGGCACGUCGGCGUAGUCUUCUCGUCUUCCCUCUCAAUUGUCUGCCCUGUACGAUGCAACCAUGUUAUCCCUACUAGAAUACCGCAGAGCCUCUUAUCCACUCGUUGUACACACUAAGACAGUUAUCAGAGUAUCCAAUGGUACCCUUUACGCGCUC